UGAUUAAUUUAUUUGAAAAUGAAUUAGGUUUUCUUUUCAAUCUUCCAUGGUUUUUUUUCUGUUUGUUGAUGGCCAAAUCGGUGGUGAUCACACAAAUUGAUGAUGGCCGAUAAUAGAAUGAACGAUGAUCAGAUAUUGGCUACCAAUGAUGAUGAUAAUGUGAAAAAUGAUAUCAAAAAUGAGCUUAUAAACAACAAAAAGAAUAUAAAAUUAUUCAAUAAAAAUCAUAUUUAUCAUGAAAAACAAAGUCGUCAACUUUGUGCAUUACAUGCAUUAAAUAAUUUAUUUCAAGAUUCGAAUGCAUUUACAAAAAAUGAUCUUGAUUCAAUUGCUGAAACAUUAUCACCAUCAUCCAUAUUAUUGUUUAAUCCACAUAAAUCAAAAUUUGGUUUCGGUAAUUAUGAUGUUAAUGUUUUAUUGAUGGCAUUACAGAAUAAAAAUUAUGAAGCCAUUUGGUUUAAUAGAAAAAAAGAUCCAAAACGUUUAAACUUGAAUGUUAUAUUUGGUUUCAUAUUAAAUAUUCCAAAUGACUGUGAUUUUUGGAAAAAUGCAUUAACAUUUUUUACAUCAUCACGACGACAUUGGAUUGCUGUCAGGAAAUUUGAUUCAAAUUAUUAUAAUUUAGAUUCGAAAUUAAAAGAACCAAUCCUAAUUGGCCAGGAGGAAAAUUUAUUCGAUUUUCUUCAAACAAAUUUAACUGCCGAAAAGAAUGCGGAAAUUUUUAUAAUCGUCACGAAACAAAUCGCUCAACAAAAUAAUUGGUAUAAU